AGUACGCCUCGUUUCGUUCAAUCAACAACAGGCGGGGGUCUGGGAGGCAAGCUCAUCACUUGACGUGGUGUUGCCUAAACAGGACGGGGUUUAGGACGUGGAACGUUAUGAUGAACAGUGGUUGGAUGGUCACUGUUGGGAUCCUCGCCAGCGGUUGGGUUGUGGCUUCAGCAGCAAACAUUUUAUGUGCGACGACCGGUGACAACCGUUGAGGUCACGGAUGGUUUGAGCUGAGGCGGAGCAUGAUGAGACUCACAAAUCUUGAAGAUAUAAAGAGGUCUAGGAGCCGUUCAAUUGAAGUUCUGUUCUGCUCUUGUACAUCAGCAUCAAUACCUGCUCCCCUUCAACUUACAAGCUCUUAUUGCCCACACAUUCUUUGACAGUCGCAGUCCAUCCAUGGAUCCUCCGCUGAAGGUCUACUUUAGGCACAACAAGGUCAUCCCGGUGUCCUCCGAAUCAUUCUAUAGAUGGAUACCCGUGGGCCAGGUUAUGCCUUACAGCCCGGUCGACGCAGAAUACUUCGUCGAACAUGUCUACAGCUAUUUUGGCUUCAGCUAUAGCAUUCGAAAGGCCGAAGUCCGCGAUGCCCUGGAAUCCUUUUUCGAAUGCUUGAGAAAACAGACCCAUUAUAUGCUUAGCGAGACUCGCCAGCACGUGGCCGACCACUUGGACACACAACUGACCACCGAGCUCGCAAGUACCAGCAGGUGGGGUACCGACCUGAUCCGUACGAGACAUCGGUUUGUCAUACUCUCCUACUUUGCGAGCAUGACAAGUUCCAAACUCCUCGCACAAGCUCUUUUCAAGUUUGGCUUGAGCAACCUACAUACGAUCCUGCAAAGCGACCAACCCGACUAUAUCUCCUCAGAGUGGCAACCUGCCACGAAAAACAUGCGAGAUCUCGUUCCCGCCGAGAUGUACCACACACUCAUACAUGGGUUCUCGCAUAAGAACCAUCACAUGUGGGAUUGGAAUCGCGGUCGAGCGGUGCAGAGACUAGCUCCACCCAUGUUUGAGCACAGGGCCCUUUCAGCACCUGCAAGACGUCGUUCCCGCACGCCGAAUUUCCAGUUGGUCCCAUUUCAACAUGCGAUGAUGGCACGGACGCCCCCAAUGAUGUCGCCAAUGCGUGUGAUCGAGCCCAGUCCGUACGAUGAGGUCGGCGCCUUGCAGUGGCAGCAGGAAGAGAUGGCCGCCCAACUAGAGAAUCUACGGCGCGAUGUUGAUGAAGUCAAAGAGGCCAGUUGGUGGUGAUCAUCUUUUUGCUAUGAGUACGUCCAGAUUCAAAGCGGAGUUCAGCGAGGAUUAGAAACUUCAUGUUCUUUUCCUGCAUGGCCUUCGUCGCUGCAUGUUCUAGCGUCAUUGUAUUUCAUUUCAUGAUUGGAAACGCUGUAUUUCGUCAACACCUCUUCCUACGACCAUCGAUUUUCGCUCGUUAUAAUUCACUCGAAUCGUUUCGUCAGUGCAGCUGGAAGAUGGGAAGAGUCGUAUAGGUUGUGAGGUUGAAUCUUCGUACUUAGUUUCAUGGCCUGUGUACUUUCAGUUCUCACACUCGUUGUAUCUUCGGUUGCAACGAUACUUUGCGUCUGUAUUCAAAUGAACUUGUCAGUCGAAUUCUAGAUCCUGUGAAUAUUUGUUGAUAUGUACUGGCCAUGUCGUCUUUUCUCGCA